CCCCAAGCGACUAGCACGGAUUGAAUUCGAAAGACAGCCACCCUCGACCGUACGCAAAAGUAACUUCUUUUCCUUCGUUGUCGCUUUGUAUGACACACAAGAUAACCUUGUCACCGUGGAGACAGCCAGAUUCACAGAUUUUCUAAAACAGGUAAGCUAUAAAGUAUCUCAAAAUAUUUGUACAUUUCAUAAAGUAUUUUUAGCACUUGAAUUGAAUUACGGACACGUGCGCGCCCCGGGCAUAAAUUUGUUGUUUUCGAGGUUGUUUUAUUGCAGGUCGACCAGAAGAGCUUCAAUGGGCUUCGCUAUCAGCUUGGGCUUUCAUUCAACACAGGUCUGUAUUUUCGAUAAUUUUACGAAGUGUUAGUACUGACAAUACAUUUAAUUUAUUAAGGUUAAUAGUAAUAACGUAGUAUUCGCGUUGGAAUGCAUUCAAAAUAUCGCUUUGUUGGCAAAUAAUGAAUAUUAUCAAUAUUUACUCUGCAUGUAUAUAUUUUAUUGCACGUACUUCUGUAUUAGUUUUAUAUAAAGACGUACGUGUUCCGCCUAAUGGCUAAUGGAAAUAAACAGCUUUAAUUUAAUCUAUUAAUACAGGUUUUAGAUGCGAGCAGUUCUUGGACGUACAUUUGGUUGAUUCAAUCUCAAAAGAGGUAUAAACUUAUUCUAAAUUUAAAAUUGAGUUAUUUCAUUUUCUUUGCAGGCGGAUAGCAAUAAAGCAUUGAUUUGUUUGUUUUUCUUGAAUGUAUCUAUAUAUGGAGUGG